GACUCUCCCUCAUUUCAUCUCAAUCUACCAUCUUUCCUCUUCACACUAUCACUCCAAAACCACAAAAGCAACAGUACCACUAAAGUUUUGUGUUCGACAAAAAUAAUGGGCUCAUUGGUAGGUCACGUAAUACCAGGGUUCGGUUUCUUUCUUAUUGGUAUUUGGCAUUUGCUCAACCACAUAAAAUUACACGCUCUGCGCCCAAAAUCCUACACUUCCUUGGCAUGGUUCCCCGCUCCAAGAUUAAGGUAUGCGGAGCUUUACGUGAUUAUGGUUGGCACCUUAAUCUCCAUAUCAAUGGAGCUCUUCAUUGGUCCAGCAAAACACCAACCUCUCGACUCUGAUGGAACCAUACCUUCAUAUCACCUCCAUAACUUUGAACAUUCAAAUAUCUCUCUUAGUUUCUUUGUCUAUGCAGCCUUUUCAAUAUUAUUCGAUCACGUCAUUCCUUCAACACCGGUUCAAUACGGGCUUACACUAUUUCUCGGAGCUGUUGCUUUUGGCCAAGAACUCCUCCUCUUCCAUCUUCAUUCUACUGACCAUCACGGCGUCGAAGGACAGUACCAUUGGCUUCUCCAAAUUGUCAUUUUUUUGUCUUUCGCCACUACUCUUUUAGGCAUUCCUUUCCCCAAAAGUUUCUUAAACAGUUUUGUGAGAUCUUACAGCAUUAUGUUUCAAGGAAUUUGGUUUAUGGUCAUAGGUAUCAUGCUUUGGACACCGGAUUUCAUCUCGAAAGGUUGCUUUUUGAACUAUGAAGAGGGGCAUAAAGUUGUUAGAUGCCAUAACACGCAAGCACUCGAAAGAGCGAAGUCAUUGGUAAAUAUCCAAUUCAGUUGGUAUUUGGUUGGGGUUACUGUUUUUACCGUCUCCCUUCAUUUGUUUCUCGUCAAGUUCUUUAGAGAAAACGUUGAGUACCUGUCUUUAAUAUGCAAAUUUGAUGACGAGGAUUUGGAGGAUGUUGAAGCUCAGAAAAAAAGACUGGUCAGCCAUGGAGAGCAUAAGAAGUUUCUUGAAAUGGGAAAACGAGAGAAUAAUUAGAAAUGGAAUGUUAAUUGUCUGCGCGCUAGGGGGUGUAUGGGGUGGGGGGAAUAAGAAAAAUAAGAAUGUACGUAUAUGUAAAUUGUGCUCUGGCGUGUUGUAUUUACUCAUUUGAUCCAAGUUUAGUAAAAAUAAACAACUGAAUGGGUGGGCAUGAUCUGUUCAAUAUUUUUGUGGUUUGUUUUUUUUUAUGUUUAUGGGAGGGCUGCAUAUGGUGAAGGUGGGGUGGGGGCGAGCGGGAGAGCGUGGGUGCGUGGGGGUGGAGUUUGAUGUUAGAAAAGUUGGAUGUUGGAAAGAAUUUGGAUUAAUAAAUGGUGUACAAUAUUAUAUUAUAAUGUUGCUGAAUUUUAAAAGGCUUUUUUGGAAGUCACCUUGGAGCGUGGUACUUGUAAUACACCCUAAUUAAGACUCACCUGUGAGGCUUAUGCCUUAAGAGCCGUUUGGUUAUUGUAUAAGGGUUAUUCUAAUAAAUGAAUAACUUACUUAUUCAUCCAUUAUUUUUAAUUAUUAUUUGAUAAGCAUGAGAAACAAAAGUUAUUUAUGUAUUAAUUUUAUAUAAUCUUAGAUUGGUAGAUUUUAAAAUGUUGCAUUUAAGUUAAUUAUUUAUUAAUUUUAUACAGUGUUUGGUUA